CUUCGGCUGCCAAGGCCGGCUCGGGCCAGUAUAAAGGGGGCGCCGGGCAUCCCAGGGCGAGAGAGCCGCCCGGAGCAUCCCAGCCUCGCCAUGAACGCCCUUCUGCUGGCCGCUCUCUGCGCCCUGGCCGCGCUCGGCCUCGCCCACACAGAGGCUGCUCACUCCCGGAGUGUCGACGGGCCGCCCAAGUCGGAAGCUUUUGUCUCCAAGCGUGUGGGGGCUGAAAUCGUGAAGCGACAGAAGAGGAACUACAACAGUGGCUACGAUGCUGCUGGGGCUGCCCCCCAAGUGGCCGUGAACCCCCUCGAGGCCCAGCGGGAGGUCUGCGAGCUUAGCCCCGCCUGCGACGAGUUGGCCGACCACAUCGGUUUCCAAGAAGCUUAUCGGCAGUUCUACGGACCCGUCUAGCCCACCAAGCGUUUCUGCAAACCCCAGAGGACCCCUCCCCUUCCUUUCCCCCCAGUCGAAGCUGCUUGUAACUUUGCUUUGUAAAGAAGCUUGGGAAAUUGGUAGUUUUAUGUUCUAGAAAAAAAAUAAAGGGAAAAACCCCA